UAAGGUAGCAGAAGGAGGGAUUUUUUUGUUAUCUCUUUAGAACCCUGCUGAAAGGAAAUUAAAGUUGACUUUAAGCAAUCUGGAAAUCCGAUUCUUAGAAGACAAUGAAUUUAAGGCAUAUUCUGAUAAUAACAGUGCUUAUUGGGUUCGCAACUUGCAGCCGCGAGUCGCUUGUGGAAAUAUUUGAGUGCAACGACACCGGGGCCGACACCAACAUCACUGUCGGCGUCGUGAUUGAACGGUCGACAGCUCUGAACAUUCCGUUUAUGAUAAAUAGAACUUAUGGAAUCGUGCAACUUGGUUUUGAUCGGACUUGCGAAAUGCUUCAGGGGAUUUUUAAUGUGAGACUUGUGCUGAUGCCCUGUGAUGUACCCUCAUGUGUGGCGCUUAAGUGGGGCGCUCUGGCGGCCGAGAUGCGCUACACUUACAACCCGCACGUGAUCAUCGGGCCUGGCUGCAGCAACUCCGUUAUGACAGUGUCUCGAAUGGCGGUGGCCUGGAACCUGCCCCACUUUACGUACCUCGGGACGGACGAAGAGAUCGGAAACAAGAAGGAGUUCGCCAUGCUAACCCGGAUGUCAUUCACCAUGAAUAGUUUCGCCCGCUUCUACAUCGAGGUGUUCACGUACUUCGGGUGGUCAGACAUAGCCAAUAUAUAUGACCCAAACGAUUACCGUGGCACUCUUGUCGGGACCAGUUUUCAGCGCACAUUCGAGAGCGAAGCCCCCCACAUUCACUCGUAUCCAGUUCAUUAUAAUGCGAAAGCUGCAGACCUGCGUGUAGAGCUACUCCGAGCUAUCAGUCAAGCGAGUUCUGUGUCAAGAGUAUUCAUUUUCGUUGGUAAUACUGACCACUUCCGUCAGAUGGCGAUACUGGCCAAGGAAAAAUCGUCGCUGACGUUCGGAGAAUACGUGCUGAUAGUCUACUUCACGUAUUGGGGAGACCCGAAUGCAGGCAACUAUAACUGGAAAAGGGGAGACGAUAUGGACCAGGCGGCCCGGAAGGCCUACGAGGCGGUGAUGGUGGCGCGGCCCCGCCGUCCGGAAGACUUGCAGUUCGCGUGGUUCGAGACGGAAGUGAAGCGGCGCGCGCUGACCGAGUACAACUAUAUGUGGGAAAAAGACCACGAGGUGUCCACACUCAACAUUGGCCUCUACGAUUCCUUCGUACUGUAUGCGCUUGCGCUAAAUGAGACUAUCGCGGCAGGCGAGAAUCCUCGUAAUGGGCAGAGAGUUGUUAAACGGAUGUGGAACAGAACUCUUGAUGGUAUCGGCGGACCAUUUUAUAUAAAUCCAAACGGUGACCGAGUGGUUGAUUUCACCUUACUCGACAUGGUCCCAGAAACUGGACAAUUCAAGGUAGUUGCGAAAUACGAGGGUUGGACAAACCAAUUCAAGCUUAUACCAGAAGUUCCGAUACACUGGCCAGUGCGCGGCAGUCGUCCCCCGAACCAACCCGCUUGUGGCUUUCGCGGAGAAGUCUGCGUAACUUUCUCGUUGUCCUCCAGUGCAGUUGUGGCGAUCAGUUUGAGCAGCGUCAUUGUCGUCCUCGCCGUAGUCGGCAUUUUUAUGUUCAGGAAAAUAAAAGCGGAAGCGGAUAUUCAGAGUAACUGGUGGCGCGUACGCAGUGAGGACAUACACGUGACCAUACAGACGUCAUCAGUAAUGUCCAGCAAUCGCCGGUUUCAGAACGACGAAGGCACUUCGAUAGUGACACAACCUCAAGAAGCUCAGGCAGUUGGCGUUUACAAAGGAACAAUUGUGCAUGUCAGAAAGCUGGAGGUGAAGACAGCUCCAAUAGACCGAGCACUGUUACUAGAGAUCAAACAGAUGCGUGAGAUCACCUGUCCAAAUCUGACUAAUUUCUUCGGGCUCUGUCCAGAAACAGGCAAGAUGUGUGUGCUGACCGAGCACUGCGCCAGGGGAAACCUUCAGGAUAUUCUUCAAAAUGAUGCCAUGAAGUUGGACUGGGACUUCAAACUGUCGCUGAUUCAGGAUAUCGUGGAGGGUAUGACGUACCUGCACGCUAGCAGUAUUGGUGUCCAUGGUCAGUUGACCGACUCGCGGUGUUUGAUAGAUGGACGCUUCGUGCUCAAGAUUACCGGCUUUGGGCUCAAUUGCUUGAAUGAAGCUGAAAUAAGGAAUAAGCGACUUGAACGUGACAUGCUGUCAUUUGACCUGCUAUGGAUGGCGCCCGGAAGCAUCUCCGCCUACACCCUGGAUAAGAUUAAGAAUUGCGGCAUCAAGCCUUGCCGGCCGAUAUUGAACGAGCACGAGCAUAUACCGGAAGUAGUGAAACUCGCUAAGCAGUGUUGGGAGGAACUCCCGUCGGACAGACCAACGUAUCAGAAUGUGAGGAAAAUUCUGAAGAACAUUAGAAUGACGAGAAACAACGGCGAUUCUAAGAACGUUCUGGACGUGCUGCUACAACGCAUGGAGCGAUACGCCAAUAACCUGGAGAGCAUGGUCGAGGAGAAGACACAGGCGUUCCUAGAUGAGAAGAAACGUUCAGAGGAGCUGCUUUAUAAGGUCCUGCCAAGAAGCGUGGCGGAUCAACUGCGAAUGGGACAUUCUGUAAACCCGGAAGCCUUCGAGUGUGUUACCAUCUACUUCAGUGAUAUCGUCGGCUUUACUACCAUCUCCGCAGACAGUACGCCAUUCCAGGUCGUUGAUUUGCUUAAUGACCUAUACACAUGUUUCGAUGACAUUAUUGAAAACUACGACGUAUACAAGGUUGAAACAAUCGGCGACGCUUACAUGGUGGUAUCCGGACUCCCUGAACGCAACGGGAAUGAGCAUGUUCGACAGAUUGCUCGGAUGUCCCUUGAAAUAGUCCACAGUGUGCGACAGUUCGUGAUUCGUCAUAAACCGGAAGAACCGCUACGGGCGCGUAUUGGAUUACACUCUGGUCCUGUCUGCGCAGGCGUGGUUGGACGGAAGAUGCCUAGGUACUGUCUGUUUGGGGACACCGUGAACACCGCCAGUCGUAUGGAGUCCAACGGAAAAGCAAUGAAAAUACAUAUCAGUGAAGCCACUAUGGAACUUCUUUUGCCAUUUGCCACUUUCACCAUAGAAGAGCGGGGAAUAAUCGAGGUCAAGGGAAAAGGGCAAGUGCGAACCUUCUGGCUUCAGAACGAGCUAGAAACUCAGGCAUGAAGUUAGAAACAGAGACACCCUAGCGGUUACUUCUCUAUUGAAUAAUUGCUAAUGAUUUUAUCUUGAUAACGUUGGUGUUACACCUUUCAUACAUUUUUUCAGUGCUGUUUUUACUAAACGGACUACAGGAAAGCAUUUAUUUACAAUUUCAAAUUUACUAUUUCAAAUAAAGA